AUGGCGGCUGUGGUGGCCGCAGCGGCGCUGCUCGCCGUCUUCUUCUUCUUCCUCCUCUACACCCUGUGCCUCUCGCCGGCCGCGGCCGCGUGCCGUCUCCGCGACGCCGGCUUCCGCGGACCGACUCCUUCGUUCCCGCUGGGGAACCUCCGCGAGAUCGCCUCCUCGCUGGCCAACAACAACGCGGCGGCGGCAGCCGGCGGCGGCGGCGGCGGCAAGGAUAUCCACGCCGCCGUGUUCCCCUACUUCGCGCGGUGGCGGCAGGCGUUCGGCAAGGUGUUCGUCUACUGGCUCGGCACGGAGCCCUUCCUGUACGUCGCCGACCCGGAGUUCCUCAAGGCCGCCACCGCCGGCGCCCUCGGCAAGCUCUGGGGGAAGCCCGACGUGUUCCGCCGCGACCGCAUGCCCAUGUUCGGCAGGGGCCUCGUCAUGGCCGAGGGCGACGAGUGGGCGCGCCAUCGCCACAUCAUCGCCCCCGCCUUCUCCGCCACCAACCUCAACGACAUGAUCGGCGUGAUGGAGGAGACGACCUCCAAGAUGCUCGGCAAGUGGAGCGACAUGGUGGCGUCGGGGAAGAGCUGCAUCGACGUGGAGAAGGGCGUGGUCCGGAACGCCGCCGAGAUCAUCGCCAAGGCCAGCUUCGGCAUCACCGACGACGACGCCGGCGGCGCCACGGUGUUCCACAAGCUGCAGGCCAUGCAGGCGAUGCUGUUCCGCUCCACCCGCCUCGUCGGCGUCCCGCUCGCCAGCCUGCUGCACAUCCGGAGCACCUACGAGGCGUGGAAGCUGGGGCGGGAGAUCGACUCGCUGCUGCUCGACAUCAUCGAGGCGCGGCGGCGGCGGCGGCGCCAGGGCGGGUACGGCGGCAGGAAGAACACGGACCUGCUGGCGCUGCUGCUGGCCGGGAACGAGGCGAGCGCCGGCGCGGAGAGGAAGCUGACGACGCGGGAGCUGGUCGACGAGUGCAAGACCUUCUUCUUCGGCGGGCACGAGACGACGGCGCUGGCCCUGUCGUGGACGCUGCUGAUGCUUGCGGCACACCCGGAGUGGCAGACGGCGGUGCGGGAGGAGGUGGUGGAGGUGGCCGGGCGGUCGGGCCCCCUGGACGCGGCGGCGCUGGCGAGGCUGACCAAGAUGGGGUGCGUGCUGAACGAGGUGCUGCGGCUGUACCCGCCGUCGCCGAACGUGCAGCGGCAGGCGCUGCAGGAGGUGGUGGUGGAGGAGGGAGACGACGGCGGGAAGAAGAAGACGGUGAUCCCGCGGGGCACGAACAUGUGGAUCGACGUGGUGGCGAUGCACCGGGACGGCGAGCUGUGGGGGGAGGAGGCGAACGAGUUCCGGCCGGAGAGGUUCAUGCGGGAGGCGGUGCAGGGCGGGUGCCGGCACCGGAUGGGGUUCGUGCCGUUCGGGUUCGGAGGGCGCAUCUGCGUGGGGCGGAACCUGACGGCGAUGGAGCUCCGGGUGGUGCUGGCCAUGGUGCUCCGCCGCUUCCACCUGGAGGUGUCGCCGGAGUACAGGCACGCGCCGAGGAUCAUGCUGUCGCUCAGGCCAUCCCAUGGCAUCCAACUCCGCCUCAAACCCCUCUAA